CCACCGGAAGUUAGCCGUCAUUGGUGGUCAUUUAAAGAUGGCGGAGUGCUUGGCUGCACGUUUAGCUGACCAAGAGGAACAAAUACGACUCCUCAGCAGGGAAAUUACCACUCUUCGGGAUGGACUAAGCCAAGGACUGGAUGCUGUCGGUGUUGCGGUCGUUUCCCCGGAGCUGGAGAGCCUGCGGACUGAGAAUGAGAAGCUCAGGUACCGGCUGCUGCACCUCCGGAGGGGUCUGCAGGCGGAGCUGGAGCUGGAGGAGGCUCAGGGCAAGAAGCAGCAAGGAGCCAAGUGUGGCAAAGCUCCGGAGAGAAACACAAACAAAGCGCAGCAGACAAACAACCGAGUUGAUAAUAAGGUGGCAGCCCAAGAUACAAAGACAGGUGACAGGAACAAGAAGGAGAAGAAUAAGGGACAAGGAGAUGGAGGAGUAAAAGAGCUGAAUCCCUGGCCUGGGUACAUUUCAGAGCGCCUCAGCUUGUACGAGGAGCUGAAGAGGGAGAGCGAUGCCCUGCUGUCAAAGAAAACUGCAGACAGCAAACCCAUUACUGUGGAGCUGCCAGAUGGACAAAAGGUGACAGGCAAGGCGUGGAUCACCACACCGUAUCAGCUGGCUUGUGACAUCAGCCAGGGCCUGGCUGACAAUGCUGUGAUUUCUCGAGUGAAUGGGGAGCUCUGGGACCUGGACAGACCACUCGAACAGGAUUGCUCUCUUGAGAUCUUGCGCUUUGACAAUGAAGACGCUCAGGCUGUGUACUGGCACUCCAGUGCUCAUAUCCUGGGGGAAGCGAUGGAACGCUUUUAUGGAGGUUGUUUGUGUUAUGGUCCUCCCAUAGAGAAUGGUUUCUAUUACGACAUGUUCCUGGACGGCCAAAAGGGAGUGUCCAGCGUGGAGUUUGGUGACUUGGAGACAUUGUGUAAGACUGUGGUGAAGGAAAAACAGCCCUUUGAGAGGCUUGAGAUCAGCAAAGAGACACUGCUUAAGAUGUUCAAGUACAACAAAUUUAAAUGCCGCAUUCUGAAUGAAAAAGUCACCACGCCCACUACCACAGUCUACAGAUGUGGACCCUUGAUUGACUUGUGCAGAGGUCCACAUGUCAGACACACAGGAAAGAUAAAGGCUAUGAAGAUCUACAAGAACUCUUCCACAUACUGGGAGGGCCGCUCCGACAUGGAAACUCUACAGAGGAUCUACGGGAUUUCCUUCCCAGACUCAAAGAUGCUGAAGGAGUGGGAGCGCUUUCAGGAGGAGGCCAAGAAUAGAGACCAUCGCAAGAUUGGCAAAGAUCAGGAGCUGUUCUUCUUCCACGAUCUCAGCCCAGGGAGUUGUUUCUUUAUGCCACGUGGAGCCUACCUCUACAACACACUCACAGAGUUCAUCAGGGAUGAGUACUGGAGAAGAGGCUUUCAGGAAGUAGCCUCCCCCAACAUCUAUAACAGCAAACUGUGGGAGACAUCUGGCCACUGGCAGCACUACAGUGAAAACAUGUUCUCCUUCCCCGUGGAAGAUGACAUCUUUGCUCUGAAGCCAAUGAACUGCCCCGGGCACUGCUUGAUGUUUGGCCACAGGCCCCGCUCAUGGCGGGAGCUUCCUCUGAGACUGGCGGAUUUCGGAGUCCUCCACAGAAACGAGCUGUCGGGAACACUGACGGGGCUGACCAGAGUGCGGCGAUUCCAGCAGGAUGACGCUCACAUUUUCUGCACCAUGGAUCAGAUCGAGUCUGAGAUGAAGGGAUGUCUGGACUUCCUCCGCUGUGUUUAUGAUGUGUUUGGAUUCUCCUUCCAGCUUCACCUCUCCACUCGCCCAGACAAGUAUCUGGGUGACAUUGCAGUGUGGAAUCAGGCGGAGAAGCAACUGGAAAACAGCCUGAAUGAGUUCGGGGAGCCAUGGAAACUCAACCCUGGAGACGGUGCUUUUUAUGGACCAAAGAUUGACAUUAAGAUCAAAGAUGCAAUUGGACGCUACCACCAGUGUGCAACCAUUCAGCUGGACUUCCAGCUGCCUAUCCGCUUCAACCUGACCUUUGUGGGAAAAGAUGGAGACGACAAAGCCCGACCAGUCAUCAUCCACCGUGCCAUCUUGGGCUCAGUGGAAAGGAUGAUUGCCAUUCUCACAGAGAACUAUGCAGGGAAAUGGCCUCUGUGGCUCUCUCCACGUCAGGUGAUGUUGGUGCCCGUCAACCCCUCCUGUGAGGAUUACGCCAAGAGGGUAUGUAAGCAGUUUACAGAGGCCGGUUUUAUGGCAGAUGCUGACCUGGACUCCAGCUGCCUUCUAAACAAGAAAAUCCGAAACGCGCAGUUGGCACAAUAUAACUUCAUUCUUGUGGUCGGAGAGAAGGAGAAGAUGACUAACGGCGUCAAUGUGCGCACGAGAGACAACAAGGUCCACGGAGAACUGUCGGUGUCCGAGGUGAUGGCUCGCCUGACCCUGCUCAAACAAUCCCGCUGUCGAAACGCAGAGGAGGAGUUCUGAUCGAGACAAAGAACAAAGCAAACUUUCAAUACCUCAGUCUGAGGAGUAGUCAGAUAAGCAGUAAUGGCAAGUUAAGUUGGUACUGGGCAAGUGUACUAUGUAGAAAUUGUUAACAGAUGAGAUUCAGAAUGUAGAGUUAGUGAAUGGGGCUGCAAAACGACUGAAAUAUGACCACACAAUCGUGUAAAAGAUGUGAACAGUUUGGUUUGUGGUGUGGAUGUCAAGUUAUGUGGAAGUAAUCCAAGUCUAUGUGAAAGAACGUUUCUUGAUAAUUUACGCAAACGGUGUCGUAAUGAAAGAAUUUGACACUGACCUAUUCACACAACGUUCUGCCUCUGUGGGAAACCUCAGAAGUAAAAUAAGUCAACCAAG